AUGUCUCUAUCUCUCUAUCUCUCUUUCUCUCUAUCCCUUUCACUUUGCUCACAUUUCUCUCUAUCUCCCUUUAUCUCUCUUUCUAUCUAUCUCUUUCUCUCUCUCUCCCUCAUUUCCCUAUCUCUCUCUCUCUCUCUCUCUCUCUCUCUUUCCCCUAUCUCUCUUUCUCUUUGCUCUCAUCUCACUAUCUCUCUUUAUCCUCUCUUUCCCUAUCUCUCUUUUUCUUUCUCUCUUUCUCUCUCUCUCCCUCUUUCCCUAUCUCUCUUUCUCUCUUUCUCUUUCUUUCUCCAUUUAUCUAUCUUUCUAUCUCUCUUUCUCUCUAUCUCUCUUUUCCUCUCACUUUAUCUAUCUCUCUAUCUCUCUUUAUCUCUCUCUCUCUAUCCCUCUCUCUUUCCUUUGCUCACAUCUCUCUAUCUCUCUUUAUCUCUCUCUCCUCUAUCUCUCUUUCCUUUACCUUUUAUCUAUCUCUCUAUCUCUCUUUUUCUCUCUUUCCUCCUCUCUCUUUCUCUUUGCCCUCCUUAUCUAUCUUUCUCUCUCUCUUUAUCUCUCUCUCCCUCUAUCUCUUUCCCUUACUCUCUUUAUCUCUUUCCCUCCUCUCUUUAUCUCUGUUUCUCCUAUCUCUUUCUCUCUCUUUAUCUAUCUUUCCCUAUCUCUCUUUCUAUCUCUCUUUCUCUUGCUCUCUCUUAUCUCUCCUUUCUCUUCUCUCUUUCUUAUAUCCUUUCACUUUUCUCUCUCUAUCUCUCUCUUGCCCUCUCUCUUUCUAUCUAUCUCUUUCUCUUUGCUCACAUCUCUCUCUCUCUCUCUUUAUCUCUUUCCAUCUAUCUCUUUCUUUUGCUCACAUCUCUCUCUCUCUUUAUCUCUCUUUCUCUAUCUCUCUCUUUCCCUCAUCUCUCUAUCUCUCUAUCUCUCUUUCUCUCUUUCCCUCUCUCUCUUUCUCUUUGCUCUUUAUCUCUCUCUCUCUCUCUUUUGCUCUCUUUCUCUCUAUCUCUUUCCCUCUUUGCUCUCUCUUUCUCUAUCUCUCUCUCUCUUUCCUCUCUCUUUCUCUUUGCUCUCUUUCUCUUCUCUCUUUAUCUCUCUCUCUCUUUUUUCUCUUUACUCUCUCUCUUUCUUUCUCUAUCUCUCUAUCUCCUUUAUCUCUCUUUUCUCUCUCUCUCUCUUUUGCUCACAUUUAUCUAUCUCUCUUGCCCUCCUUUCUCUCUCUUUCUCUAUCUCCCAUUUCUCUAUCUCUCUCUCCCUCCUCUCUCUCUCUCUCUUUCCCUCCUUUCUCUUUCUCUCUUCUCUCUCUUUUUCUCUCUUCUCUCUCUCUCUCUUUCUCUUUGCUCUCUUUAUCUCUCUCUCUCUUUAUCUCUCUUUCCUUCUCUCUCUUCUCUUUGCCCUCUCUCUCUCUUUAUCUCUCUUUUCCUCUAUCUCUCUUCUCUCUUGCUCUCCCUUAUCUCUCUCUCUCUUUUAUCUCUCUCUUCUCUCUAUCUCUUUAACUUUUCAUCUCUCUUGCCCUCUCUCUCUUUUAUCUCUCUUUCUAUCUAUCUCUUUCAUUUGCUCACAUUUCUCUCUCUCUCUCUCUCUAUCUCUCUCUUUCUAUCUCUCUCUCUCUCUUUGCUCCCUUCCUCUCUAUCUUUCUAUCUCUUUUUAUCUCUUUUCCUCUAUCUCUUUCAUUUUGCCCUCCUUUCUCUCUAUCUCUCUCUUUAUCUCUCUUUCUAUCUAUCUCUCUCUCUUUGCUCACAUUUAUCUAUCUCUCUGCUCUCUCUUUAUCUCUCUUUCUAUCUAUCUCUUUCUCUUUGCUCACAUUUAUCUAUCUCUAUCUCUCUUUAUCUCUCUUCUUUUCUCUUUCUCUUUUCUCACAUUUAUAUCUCUCUAUCUCUCUUAUCUCUCUUUAUCUCUCUUUCUAUCUAUCUCUUUCAUUUUUGCUUUAUCUAUCUCUCUAUCUCUCUUUAUCUCUCUUUCCUCUCUCUCUCUCUCUUUGCUCCCAUUUCUCUAUCUCUCUUUAUCUCUCUUUCUUUAUCUCUUUCUUUUGCUCUUUAUCUAUCUCUCUCUCUCUUUCUCUCUCUCUCUCUCUCUCUCUUUGCUCAUUUCUCUCUCUCUCUCUAUCUCUCUUUUCUCUCUUUGUCUAUCUCUCUCACUUGCUCUCUCUUUAUCUAUCUCUCUAUCUCUCUUUAUCUCUCUUUCUCUCUAUCUCUCUCUCUUUGCCUCUCUUUCUCUCUCUCUAUCUCUCUUUAUCCUAUCUCUCUCUCUUUGCCCUCCUUUCUCUUCUCUCUCUCUCCUUCUCUUUCUCUCUCUUUCUAUCUCUCUCUUUCAUUUCCCUCUCUCUCUUAUCCUCCUCUCUCUCUCUCUAUCUCUCUUUUUCUAUCUCUCUCUCUUUGCUCACUUUAUUUAUCUCUCUCUCUCUCUCUUUAUCUCUUUCUAUCUCUCUUUUGCCCUUUGCUCACAUUUAUCUUCUCUCUAUCUCUCUUUAUCUCUCUUUCUAUCUCCCUCUUUCACUUUGCUCUUGCCCUAUCUAUCUCUAUCUCUCUUUAUCUCUCUCUUUCUAUCUCUCUCUUUCUUUUGCUCUCAUUUAUCUCUCUCUCUCUCUCUCUUUCUCUCUCUCUCCUUUCUAUCUCUUUCAAUUUGCUCUCUUAUCUAUCUCUCUUGCUCUUUCCCUCUCUCUUUCUAUCUAUCUCUUUCUCUUUGCCUCACAUUUAUCUAUCUCUCUUUAUCUCUCUUUCUAUCUAUCUCUUUUCCUUUCUCCAUUCUCUCUUGCCCUCUCUCUCUUUAUCUCUCUUUCUAUCUAUCUCUUUCUCUUUGCUCACUUUUAUCUAUCUCUCUUGCUCUCUUUAUCUCUCUUUCUCUAUCUCCUUCAUUUUGCUCUUUAUCUCUCUCUCUCCUCUUUCUCUAUCUCUCUCCCUUUGCUCUUUAUCUAUCUCUCUCUCUCUUUAUCUCUCUCUCUAUCCUCCUCUUUCCUUUCUCUCUUGCCCUCCUCUCUCUAUCUCUCUUUAUCUCUCCUUUCUCUAUCUCUCUCUUUUGCUCACAUUUAUCUCUCUCUCUCUCUUUCCCUCUAUCUCUUUCAUUCUGCUCUCAUUUAUCUAUCUCCCUAUCUCUCUUUAUCUCUCUUUCUCUCUAUCUCUCUCACUUUGCUCUUUUUUAUCUAUCUCUCUAUCUCUCUUUAUCUCUCUUUCUAUCUAUCUCUUUCCUUUCUCUUUAUCUAUCUCUCUUUAUCUCUUUUCUCUCUUUCUCUCUAUCUCUAUCUCUUUGCUCUCUUUUAUCUCUCUCUCCCUCUCUCUCUCUCUCUCUUUCUCCUCUAUCUCUCUCUCUUUGCUCCUUUCUCUAUCUCUCUUUCUCUCUUUAUCUCUCUUUCUAUCUAUCUCUUUCACUUUUGCCCACAUUUAUCUAUCUCUCUCUUAUCUCUCUAUCUCUGUUUCUCUCUAUCUAUCUCUUUCUCUUUGCCUCACAUUUAUCUCUCUCUCUCUCCUUUUCUCCCUCUCUCUUUCUCUCUCUCUCUCUUUGCUCACAUCUAUCUAUCUCUCUAUCUCUCUUUAUCUCUCUUUCUCUAUCUCUUUCACUUUGCUCACAUUUAUCUAUCUCUCCCUCUCUCUUUAUCUCUCUUUCCUCUAUCUCUUUCACUUUGCUCACAUUUAUCUAUCUCUCUUUAUCUCUUUAUCUCUCUUUAUCUAUCUAUCUCUCUCUCCCUCCUCACAUUUAUCUCUCUCUAUCUCUCUUUAUCUCUCUUUCUAUCUAUCUCUCUCUUUUGCUUUGCUCUCAUUUCUCUCUCUCUUUAUCUCUUUAUCUCUCUUUCUAUCUAUCUAUCUCUUUCACUUUGCUCACAUUUAUCUAUCUCUCUAUCUCUCUUUAUCUCUCUUUCUAUCUAUCUCUUUCACUUUGCUCACAUUUAUCUAUCUCUCUUUAUCUCUUUAUCUCUCUUUCUAUCUAUCUAUCUCUUUCACUUUGCUCACAUUUAUCUAUCUCUCUAUCUCUCUUUAUCUCUCUUUCUAUCUAUCUCUCUCACUUUGCUCACAUUUAUCUAUCUCUCUAUCUCUCUUUAUCUCUCUUUCUAUCUAUCUCUUUCACUUUGCUCACAUUUAUCUAUCUCUCUUUAUCUCUUUAUCUCUCUUUCUAUCUAUCUCUUUCAUUUUGCUCACAUUUAUCUAUCUCUCUAUCUCUCUUUAUCUCUCUUUCUAUCUAUCUCUCUCACUUUGCUCACAUUUAUCUAUCUCUCUAUCUCUCUUUAUCUCUCUUUCUAUCUAUCUCUCUCACUUUGCUCACAUUUAUCUAUCUCUCUAUCUCUCUUUAUCUAUCUUUCUAUCUAUCUCUUUCACUUUGCUCACAUUUAUCUAUCUCUCUUUAUCUCUUUAUAUCUCUUUCUAUCUAUCUCUUUCACUUUGCUCACAUUUAUCUAUCUCUCUAUCUCUCUUUAUCUCUCUUUCUAUCUAUCUCUUUCACUUUGCUCACAUUUAUCUAUCUCUCUAUCUCUCUUUAUCUCUCUUUCUAUCUAUCUCUCUCACUUUGCUCACAUUUAUCUAUCUCUCUAUCUCUCUUCCCCUCUCUCUUUUCAUCUAUCUCUUUCACUUUGCUCACAUUUAUCUCUCUCUCUUUAUCUCUUUUCUCUCUUUCUAUCUAUCUAUCUCUUUCACUUUGCUCACAUUUAUCUAUCUCUCUAUCUAUCUUUUUCUCUCUUUCUAUCUAUCUCUUUCACUUUGCUCACAUUUAUCUAUCUCUCUAUCUCUCUUUAUCUCUCUUUCUAUCUAUCUCUUUCAUUUUGCUCAGAUUUAUCUAUCUCUCUAUCUCUCUUUAUCUCUCUUUCUAUCUAUCUCUUUCACUUUGCUCUCAUUUAUCUAUCUCUCUAUCUCUCUUUAUCUCUCUUUCUAUCUAUCUAUCUCUUUCACUUUGCUCACAUUUAUCUAUCUCUCUAUCUCUCUUUAUCUCUCUUUCUAUCUAUCUCUCUCACUUUGCUCACAUUUAUCUAUCUCUCUAUCUCUCUUUAUCUCUCUUUCUAUCUAUCUCUCUCACUUUGCUCGCAUUUAUCUAUCUCUCUAUCUCUCUUUAUCUCUCUUUCUAUCUAUCUCUUUCACUUUGCUCACAUUUAUCUAUCUAUCUUUCUAUCUAUCUAUCGCUUUCAUUUUGUUCAUAUCUAUCUCAUUCUCUUAA